AUGGAAUCCUUAGAUUAAGUAAAAGACCAAGUCUUGCGGUAUGCAAUGACUGAGAAAGAUGUCUAGACAGCAAAACAAAGCUAGGAUGAGAUUGCUGAUCGAGGUGAUAUAGACUAAUUCAUAGUCCAAAUGGAGGACAAUUUGGAAGGUGAAGAACUUGGAAUGCAUUAUUCAUAUCAGAAGAUGAGUCGAGAUUUGCAAGAUUACCUAAAUGCCUUCUAUAGUGAAGGUAAUAUGUCAGGUAGUGGGAGGCUAAGUAGAAUAUGCCAAAGUGAUUUAUAGAGAAGAUCUGUAUGCUUUUCAGGAAUAAUGGAGAAGAGGUCACCGAGAAUUAUUAUCGGAUGGCAAAGCAGGUUCUUCGAGUUGAAAGAAGGGAAACUAAUUUAUUACAAGAAUGAAAAGCCUAGAGGAUUGAUAAAUUUUGACAUUGUAGAAUCGGAAUCAGUCGUGUAUUCUAACUCAGGUGCAAAAGCUAGACAGAUUUUAAUUAAUGGGUCACUUCACUUGAAUAGGUCAUUGAAAAAUCAAAGGUUCGAUCGAAUCGAUGAGGCGAAUUUUCUAAAGACUGCGGAUGUUGGUGAUAUAAUACUUUUCAGAGGCAGAAGAUUCGGAGCUAAAUUCACAAGACAAUUAACUUAGAGCAAAUUUGACCAUGUGGCAAUUAUUUUGAAGUUUGAAGCUGAAAAUAAGGAACUGUUCUUCUUGGACUCUACUUCAAAUGUAGUAAAAUUUAGGAGUAAUAAUCCAUAAAUAAUAGGGAGUAAAUCUCACUAGAUGGUCAAGGUUUAGACUAUUCAAGGACUAAACUUACAAGCAUUAGAAAAAUUUGUGAAAUCAGUAAUAGGCAAUAAGUAUCAUCUGCCAAUUAGGAAAGUUCUAUUUCAAAGGAAAUCAAUCGAUGAAGGAGUGAAAAAUAGGCGUUUCUUUUGCUCAGAGCUGAUAGCAAAAGCAUAUAAAGAGGUUGGUUUAUUAAAUAGUGACAAAGGUUGUCACACUUACUUCCCUCAUAACUUUAGCUAAAAAGGGAAACUUGAAUUGGACAAAGGAGCCACUCUAGGUGAUGAGAUGCUUAUAUCCUUUGAUGAGGAUGAGAUUAAAGCUGAAAGAGAUAGGAUAAUCUAGGAAAAUCUAAAGCUUCAGGAAUAUAAAAAUUAAAUGAAUUAGGACAAGGAAUGA